UGUUUUCCCUCACGUCCCUUGGCAGCACUUACUAGAGAGAUGACAUCCACCUGGUAGGAAAACACCACACCCCCCAAUUAAUUACUCCACCCCCUCAUCUCCUAUAAGUUCCUCUGUUCCCCUCUAGCCCUCAGAGUUUUUUUCCUACCCAAAGGAUUACACCAUUUUUUAAAAAAAAAAAUACCUGGGCACUUUUCAGAUGAUUAGCCUCCAGAAAUGUGUAUGACCAGGGCGCCUUACAGAUGUUUGUGCCCCCUGUGUGGUGGUGGACUUACCCUUACGCAUUCCCUGUAGAAAUCAGGGCUGUAACCAGGUCGCCUAUCAGAUGAUUGUGCCUCCUGUGUGGUGUAGCUGGCGGCCGCUGCGCUCCUCCGUGUUCGGCAGGGAGGCGCGAUGUGAUGACGUCAUCAGCGGCGCAGGUGGAACGCUUGCAGGCGUUGGAACGCAGACGCCGCGUCAUAUCCGGGGAAAGGAAUGCCUUUUAAACCAGCUAGCAUGGCGGUUUGUUGCCGCUCCCAGGGGUACUGCUGGUGGCCCGUGCUGGUCCCGUGCAUAGCGUUCCAACUCUGCCACAAUGGCUGACACUGCUUUAGAAAAGGAAAAGGGAAAGACAAAAGAGAAGGCUAAAACUAAAGAAAAUUUAUCUGAAUCUCCUAAGGGGAAGAAAGAGAUAAAGAAACCAAUCUCCAUAGCUUGUUUUGGGUGUGAUAUAAAAUUUAACCCUGUGGAAGGUGAAAAAUUAUGCAAUACAUGUAAAGGGAAACUUAAAAACCCUGUCAAUUCCCCAGAAGGGGCUGAAGGACUAGUGUCCUGGAUGAAAGGAGCUAUGAUGCAGGCUUUUGAGUCUUUUAAGCAGCAAAAGCCAAAUAAAGAUGUAUUGCAAGCUGACAGUCCGUUUUAUGAGGAUUUUUCAUCUGAUACAUCAUUUGGGGAAGGUACCUCAAAGUUAAAAUAUGAAUCUGAGUCAGAGGAAGGAGAAAUUUCAGAAUCUGAAGAUUUUUUUCCUGUUGAUGAUAUAGGGGCCCUAAUUGCAGCUGUCAGAGAUACAAUGGGGUUAGAAGUAUCUUCUGAGCCCCCUAAAAAAUCAAGUAAAUUGUUUGCAAACAUAAGUAAGAGUAAACCAUCUUUUCCAGUGGAUGAAGCUAUUAAGAACAAAAUUAAAAGUCAGUGGUCUGUAUUAGAUAAGAAAUGGGCCCCGCAAAAGAAGUUUUAUUCUCUUUUUCCCUUUGAGGUUGAGGACACAAAAUUUUGGGAUGUACCUCCAAAAUUGGAUCCUCCGGUAGCCCAAACUAUCAAGAGAACAACUUUACCGUUAGAAGACAGUACUGGUCCUAAGGAAAACCUAUCUGGCAGCAGCAGCAGGUUUCAAGCCGGCAAUAGCGGCGGCUUCAGUGGCAAGAUCCCUUAAGGUCUGGAUCCUGCAACUAGAGAAAGCUUUAAAGAAAGGAGUACCAAGAGAAAAUCUUUUAGCAGAUUUGCCUAUGGUGAUCUCGGCCUCUGAUUUUUUGACUGAAGCUGCUUUAUCUUCAGUGGAUAUUUUGGCUAAAACUACAGCAUUUGCUACCUCAGCUAGAAGGGCUCUAUGGCUUAAGCCCUGGGUGGCAGAUAUAGCCUCCAAAAACCGCCUGCUUAAUCUACCAUUUGAGGGAGAAAAACUUUUUGGAUCCCAGCUGGAACUUCUAGUGGAAAAGAAGUCUGAUGAUAAGGUGAGAAGCUUACCUCAAGACAAGAGACCAUACAAGCGACCUUCCUUUCGGGGUUUCAGAACCUCUUACAAAUAUAGACAGGACUGGAGGAGUGGCAAAACAUCAGGGGAUAGAAAUUAUACCCAAUCUAGAGGAAGACCCUCAAGAGGAAGGGGCCGUCCAUAUUUCAAUCAAAAACCUUUCUCAGCAUGACGCCUUGCCAGUUGGAGGAAGAUUGAAGGGG